CCCCCCCUCCACCACCUUCACCACACCAGCGCUGCGACCUCUCUGUGCACACAAGCACACUAAAGAAACCUGCUCCAGGAACCGGCCGACCGCCGCCCCAUCCUCAGCCCGGGAGAUUUGCACCAACGCCCGGUGCGUCGUGCGUCUUUGUCGCCUCAGAGGAGUCCAUUAUUGACAUAAUCAUUAUCAUUAUUGCCACCAGUGGGCCGUGCGUCCAUGCUGUCCGCGGCAUCACCUCACCACUAACAGUGAGGGUGCCAGCCAAGAGAAGAGGAGGAAGGAGAAGGAGUAGAAGAAGGCGAGGAAGAGUAGAGGAGAAGAAGGAGAAGAAGGAGGAGGAGUGGAUAAGGAAGGGUGGGAGAUCAUCAACACAGGAACAAGAGGACAGUGUUUGACAGAGAACGGGAUCCACAACUGACCUCAGCCCCUUCUUUCGUCCAUCCUUCAUCCUUCCUGGAGCCGUGGUCUGGAACUGAUUAGGGCAGGAAUCUCCAGCAGUGCCCUGCUGCUGUAUUAGCAUGUCUUCAGUGACGGGACGGACACAGUGAUUUGGUGCCAACAGGCAGAUCUUUAACCUCAGUCACUAGGAAGUUGUUGAAGGGAUGGCUGACGUAUCGCAAGAGGAGAGACUCCAGGUCAUCGCAGAGAAAAGGAAGAAGCAGACAGAGAUUGAAAACAAGAGGAGGCAGCUGGACGACGACCGAAGGCAACUGCAGCAUCUCAAGUCUAAGGCGCUGAGGGAGCGCUGGUUGUUAGAUGGAGCUCCAGCUGAAGAGGAGACUCUCUUGCGUCUGCAGGAAGACGAGGUGAAAACCAAACUUCUGGAGCAGGUCAUCUUCAGGCUGGAGCAGGAGAUUGAGGAACUGGAGACAGGCGUUCCAGCAAAUAAGGGCGUGGCCAAAGAAAACGGAGGUGAAAACGGAGUAGUGCAGACCGCUGCUCAGACCCCCAAGAGAGAGGUGACAGGGAUUGAGGCCAAGCUGCUGGGUCCCAGUCCGGACCAGGCGAGUGCAGACAAUCCUGUCACCCUGGUUUUUAUGGGCUACAAGACCGUGGAGGAGGAGCAGGAGAGCUGCAAGGCCCUCGGCAUGGAAGGGGUGGAUGGUAACGUAAAGGCCGAGUUUGUGGUCAUUGAGGACGGCGAGGGAAAAGGGGGCGCGGAUGCCGUUACGGAGGAGCAGCCGCCGCCCAAUGGGAGCAUGGCUGAGAAGGAAACGGCCAAUGGAGGCGGAGAGGAAGUGGAAAAGGAGAAGGAGAAGAAACAGACCUGCAAAUGCUGCACGGUCAUGUGAGCUGUGUGUGUGUAGGUCUAAGUGCGUGUGUGUGUGUGUGUGCGUGUGUGUGUUAGAAUUGGAAAAAAAACAACAACAUCAGAAAUACACAGUCAAUUUACCAACAAUGAGAGCCAAUACACCCUCCAGCUACAACAAGAAACACAAAGACUCAUGCGUACUCUUUGCUCUGUAUAAUGUCUCUGAUAUGUAUUGACUUUUUAAUUUCUAUUGAUAUUUUUCUAUUUUUCUGUCUUGACAUUUAUAUUAUCGUCACUUAUUCAGUAUGUAUAUCUUUAUUAUAAGACUGUGUACUGUAAGUUCAUUGUUAUUGUUGGGAAAAAAAAAGAUACUGUAUUAGCUCUCUGGAUUGUGCUACUACCCACUCUGUUUAAAAUGAAUCUGGAAACGUUAAAACAUUUACAUGGAAAACAUCAAACUAUGAAGGACACAGAUAAGUUAAAAAAAAAAACAAAGGCAAAUAUAUAUAUCUAUAUAUUUCUCUGUGUAGGCCUACCAACUAUUUAUUGGUCAAUUUCAUAUUACAAUAUUGUCUAAGAUAUUAUUUUAAAUAGUAUUUUAAUAUAUUGAUAUGAAAUUAUGUUUUAUACAAUGUAUUUAUUGUUGGGUUUUUUUGGUUCUCUAUUUCAUCUCGGUCGUCCAUUAACUGCAUGUACGUAUCGCUUGUACCAGAUUGGCAUAACACUCAUUACGACUGUCUGUGCUUUAGUCAUUCGAGUCUGUUUUGAUCAGUAACAGUUCCUGUAACUGGCAGUGAUAGACAUGUGCAUUUAUUCUUUUCCAAAAAUCAAAAAAAAAAAAAAAAAGAGGUGUAUUUAACACACACAACAUUGUCAACUGACUCCAAAAAGCCCUGGAACUGACCCUCCAAAAUCACUACCCUAGUACUCACCUAAGGAAUGUUGUUUUUCACAUUGAUUUUACAUCUUCAAAACAACAUAGUGACACACACACACACACCAGUCAAACUGGAGCACUGAGCUGCCUGGUGCUAGGGAGUUUUGAUAGUUACUUAAUAAGGUGUUUGCCAAUGCCAGGGAUUCAAACCAGCAACCCCCCGGAUUUCAACCUUAAACCCUUUAACCACGAGGCCACAGGCUACCCACACAGGACAGACAGUGAUACAGUAUUCUGUCUAGGCUGGACUCAUAUGUGCGCACGGUCAUCCAGCUCAUAACUGAGUUAGACUCCUGUUUUAUCCAGCACAGAACUGCCUAACAACUCACCACACAGACGAUCAGCUAUGGCUCCGAAAAGUGAUUGUUGUUGAUUUUAUCUUUUUUAAAGAGCCAUGAUCUGACUUUGAUGUGUGCUUGGAACAGCCUCUGUUCGGGGGCCUGUAGCCUUAAAUACUGUACUAAAAGAAACUACAUUUUACCAUGCUACCACCAAAUGGUUCUACCACAAGAAAACACAAAAUAUACAUUUCUACAUACAGUUCAGGCAAUGUUCAAUUCCAUCAAAGUAGCAUUAGAUAUUUUGGUUUGCCACACCUACCGUUGUCAGAGACAGUGAUCUGAUGUCAAAAUUGCACACGUUUAUGAGUUAAAGAAGACAGUGACAUUACGUUGUUUUGCAAUGCAAUGUUUGGGCCUUUUUUGAAGCUCAUCUGGCCCAGUUCUGAUUUAAUCAUUUUCUGAACAGGGAUUUUAAACAAAACCUAUCAACAUCUCAGGUUGCCAAAAGUUGUAAUGAGGAGCCACUGAAUUAGCCGGAAUGUGACCACUUUAGCAGUUAAGCUCUGUUUGGUUGGUAGGUUGGUUGGCAGUAAUGCUUUAUGGCAGUUGGCAUCCAUAAAGUCAUUACUCAUUACUGCCUCCUAUUGGAGCUUCAUAAAAUCAAAAUCACAAUUGGACCUGUUGCAGUAUGAAAAAGUCAGAAUCUCAGUGUUAUGCAGUAGAUAGGGUCUUGGCUCGAUUCUGAACCCCUCUGGACCUAGUCCACUGUAAAUGUGGACUUCUACAAGACCAGGUCUGCAGGUCUUUUCCUUGGCUUUAUGGUGUCAGUUUACUGUUUGUGGUUUUGUGGUUUGAACAUGGAAUUAAUGCUCAUACUUUUAAAUCAUAGCCGAUUCACUGCACAAUAACUAGUACUGCUUUAGGACUGCUUUUUGAGAACCAAUGUAAAUCUUCUAACGUAGCACUGCAUGAAGCCCUGCAACAUCGUUGACUGUCUUGUCAAUUGUUAGGUAUUUAUUCUAAAUCACAUGAAUGUAAAACCGGGGGUUAAAUUGGGAAGUGUUUUGAGUAUCACAACACUUAUUGAGCUCAAUAUACACAAAUGUCUUGACAAACCAAAUAAAAACCCUUAAGAUUCUGUUAUUUCACUGUGUCGAUCAGAUACUGGUUUCUGUCCUGGCUCCCAGUUUAACCCCUGUUGUUAACUCUUUAUACCAGGCCCCUUUAAGUACUUGAAUAGAUUUUCAGAUAGGAUUUUUAGACUUUUGUCGCAAAGAAAAUACCCCUGUAGGACCAAGCGUUCCUCGAAGCUUUAGAUCUCGAGACAUUAUAAAUAAGGAAAUAAAUAGUCUGAACUUGCAAAAACAUACAAAGUACAGUACAGAUAAUUUUGUCACUUUAAUGCAAGUAACUUCAUUAAUUUCUCCCUUUUGACUUUUUCCCAUCUCUGACUGACCCACACACCUUCAUCCCUGUCUUGUCCUCAUCCUCUGUGCUCGGAGACACUUAAAAAACUGAAGUUGGUGCUAAUUUUUGAGGCUCGUCUGAUCCGCUCCAUCUCCCAAGCCCAGUCCUGUUCCCUUGUGUCCCACACUCAUACACGUGCUUAACAUGAGUUCCCCACAAAUCUCUCAGAUGCAUAUUUCUCAUGUCCUGCCUUCAUUUGCCAUCAGACAAAUGAUCCCUUCUAACAUUCCAGAAAGGAGGUCAACAGGCGAGGGCAGACAGAAUUUACAGUCUAUUCUUUCCAUGUGUAGUGUUCCACAGUAAUUGUACAACUUGCAGCUUUUUUCCUGAUAUAGUUUGGUGUUAUUUCUUUUCCUUUCUAUGCCUUUGUCUUUAUCAGGCAUUUUAUUGUAUUUGACGUGUGUAUUUUUUUUUAAAAAAAAAGCAAGUGUGUUGUUGUGCCUUUCGUCAGGUUCAGUUGGUUGGACUUUUGUCUGUCUGCUGCCACUUUUCGACCAGGAUUUUUUAUUUUUCUUGCUCUGCUGCUGGUCAUGAUGACCGGCAGGAAACACUGCCUUCUACCCUGAAAUGUCUCCAGACAAUGGACAAUAGAAUAUCACACUUGCUUGAUAUCUGUAAGUGCAGCUCUGAUUGUAGGUCACAUGCAGCGGACUGUUGAUGUCUUGACAAAAAUUUGUAUCCUGUGCCUGAUUUUCUAAUUUUUAAAGACUUGUUUGAUUUUGAUUUUGUUGUACCUCUAUUUCUGAUGUUCUUCUCAUUUCAGUGGAUACAAAAUUUAUGCAGGAGAUUAACUGUCAGUCAGUAUAUGCACAUGUGUAUCUGAGUGUAUUCCUACCGGAGGAAAAAAGUAAAUUUGUUACGCUAAAGCUUUGCUUAGUAGUGGAUAUCUGGGACAGCAGAAGCAGGAAAAGCAAAAGUUGUUUUUAGAGCAAUGCCUGUUCAUCUCUGUGGUCGUCUAAAUGUUUGAAUAAAGAUAACUGUUUGUUUACUGCAA